CAUUGUAUUGCUAAACCCUACAGCAACAAAGAAAAACAUCUUCACGCAAAUACUUUCCCAUUUUUGGUAAUCAAAAAGGAAUUUCUCUUUCUUUUUUCUUGUUCUUCGCACUUCUAGAGUUUUCCUAGCAAACGUACCAGAAAGAAACAGAGACAAGCUCAGAAGCAGUAUAUAAACACAAAAGGUGUCUCAGAGAAUUGGAGUAAGAAAGAAGCAAAAAUGUGUUUGGAGUUUGUGUAUCACGAGGAGAAGACAGAGCUUGGUCGGCAACAAGCACCGGGUGUGUGUCCAUAUUGCGGCGGAAAAGUGGCGGCAGUAGAUAUUGAGACCAAGUGGUUGUUCUGUUUCUUGCCACUCUGUUUCAAGGUCAAACGCAAGUACACUUGUUCCUCUUGUGAUCGUCGUCUCGUCUUGUAUUAUUGAAAGACACAGAACAAAUGAAGAAAGAAUAUAUAUUUUUAUUUAUUUGUUGGUUUCCUACUCUCAAUCAAUGUUGAGGUUUUCGCAGAUUUUCCCCUGUAAUUUCUGAUUUGCUAUAAACACCCAUCUUGGUGGUGACACUGGUUAGAGGUUUUGUGGGUUUAAUGUAAAUAAUUUCGUUGUUUCGUUGAUUACGUGAGUUGAAUCAAGUUUUGUUUAAAUAAAGAUCUUGUCAUUCUUAA